AUGGCCGACGACCAAUCCCUCUGGGAUCCAUUGGCGACUAUCUUUGCAUGGGUUCUCAUGGCAGCUGGCGGGUAUUACCUCACACAGCAAGGAACUCACCUUCUUCGCGGCCUGUUGACAUGGAGAAAUAUUGAAUUGGAGGCAUCCGAAGUUCCUGGCUCUCCAGCUGUCGCUGAUGCCACCGCUCCACAGAGUGCGGUCGUCCCAAUUUCCUCGUUUCACGAUAAAAGCACUCAGAGCAAACCAACAUAUGAAACCCCGCGACAGACCAACGCGGCGUCAAACCUUGCUGUAAAGCCCUCCACUAAGCCUCUUCAAAGGGAGGUCUCUCUCGUGGACGUCACUCAAGAAGACCUCAACUAUACAGUCCAAGAGCUUCGAAAGGAUCAACAGAUCAGAAUGGAGGCGCUGGCCCGUUACACCCAUCGCAUCAAUGUACAAGACAAAGUCGACGCUCUCAAGCUCCUUCUCUACGACCUAGAACAGUUUAUCGACGCCCGUUUCAACCCUGCAAAACCCGUCAACGUCUGGGAACUUCCUUGGCCCCAGCUAACCAUCACCGUCAGCUAUCUGGCUGGCGAUGUGGAUGCCGACGAGAUCGUCGGAAAGCUUCGCGAAAUCGAAAGAGUGCUCAACGCCUAUCCCAACCAUUUCCACAUGAAGGGCAUACCACUGACGUUCCUGAAGUUUCUGGAACUUCUUGCACGAGCUUUCGAUGGAAGUGAAUGGGACAAGAAAAGUGUUCGUUCAGGUAUCCUUAAUGAGGCUCUUCUCCAACCCCUUGAUGAUCAACGCCGACGUGUGCUUGGAGCUAUCGGCAGCAUACGUAGCCGUGUCAACUUCGUUGGUGAAGAGAUGGAAGGAUGA